UGCCAGAAAGGAUCAUUGUUAGUUUCUCUAGCUCUUUCCCCCUCCCAGCGCUGUUUAUUUAUGCACACGUAACCCGGCUUGGCCCCGCCCCCUCCUGCAUCUCAUUAAGGGGCUAGUGUGUUUCUCUCUCCCUGUCAAUAAUCUAGGCUCCCAGACUUCUCCGUUUCUCCGGAUUUCGAUCCCCCUUUUUCUAUCUGUCAAUCAGCGCCGCCUUUGAACUGAAAAGCUCUCAGUCUAACUUCAACUCACUCAAAUCCGAGCGGCACGAGCUCCUUCUAUAUCUACGGCUCCCCCCCACCCCCCUUUGCUCUUUAUAUCUGACUUCUUGUUGUUGUUGGUGUGUUUUUUUACCCCCUUUUUUAUUUAUUAUUUUUUUUGCACAUUGAUCGGAUCCUUGGGAGAGAGAGAAAAAAGGAACCCAAACUCACGCGUGCAGAAGGAGAAGAGAUUUCCCCCCCUCCCCUCCCCUCCUCCCUCUUUUCCCCUCCCCAGGAGAAAAAGACCCCAAAUCAAAAACUUCACCUUGGACUCUUCUUUUUCUUGCAACAUAUUUUUGGCAAAACUUUUUUUUUUGUAAUUUUUUCCCCCGUUUUACCCCCCUUUAUUUUUCUUCCAAAAUUGCUGCUGGUGGGUGAAAAAAAUGCCGCAGCUGAACGGCGGUGGAGGAGAUGACCUAGGCGCCAACGAUGAGCUGAUCUCCUUCAAAGACGAAGGGGAGCAGGAGGAAAAAAUCUCGGAGAACUCCUCGGCCGAGAGGGAUUUAGCUGAUGUCAAAUCGUCCCUAGUCAAUGAAUCAGAAACGAAUCAAAACAGCUCCUCAGAUUCCGAGGCGGAAAGACGGCCCCCGCCUCGAUCCGAAAGUUUCAGAGAUAAAUCCAGAGAAAGUUUAGAAGAAGCCGCGAAGAGGCAAGAUGGAGGGUUGUUUAAGGGGCCACCGUACCCUGGUUAUCCCUUCAUUAUGAUACCCGACUUGACUAGCCCGUACCUCCCCAACGGAUCCCUCUCUCCGACGGCAAGAACACUCCAUAUUCAGUCGGGGAGCACACAUUACUCUGCGUACAAAACGAUUGAACACCAGAUUGCAAUUCAGUAUCUCCAGAUGAAAUGGCCACUGCUUGAUGUUCAAGCAGGGAGCUUACAGAGUAGACAAGCCCUCAAGGAUGCAAGGUCUCCAUCUCCAGCACACAUCGUUUCUAACAAAGUGCCCGUUGUGCAGCACCCUCACCAUGUACACCCUCUUACGCCGCUUAUCACAUACAGCAAUGAGCACUUCACCCCAGGAAACCCACCUCCACACUUACCAGCCGACGUAGAUCCCAAAACAGGAAUUCCACGACCUCCACACCCUCCAGAUAUAUCUCCUUACUACCCGCUCUCGCCUGGCACCGUAGGACAAAUCCCCCAUCCGCUAGGAUGGUUAGUACCACAGCAAGGUCAACCAGUUUACCCAAUCACAACGGGAGGAUUCCGGCAUCCCUAUCCAACAGCUCUGACUGUCAAUGCUUCCAUGUCAAGGUUUCCUCCUCAUAUGGUCCCACCACAUCAUACUUUACACACAACUGGAAUUCCUCAUCCAGCCAUAGUCACACCAACAGUCAAACAGGAAUCUUCCCAGAGUGAUGUUGGCUCACUCCAUAGCUCGAAACAUCAGGACUCCAAAAAAGAAGAAGAAAAGAAAAAGCCUCACAUAAAGAAACCUCUUAAUGCAUUUAUGUUGUAUAUGAAGGAAAUGAGAGCAAAAGUUGUAGCAGAAUGUACAUUGAAAGAAAGCGCAGCCAUCAACCAGAUCCUUGGUCGAAGGUGGCACGCCUUAUCCAGAGAAGAACAAGCUAAAUACUACGAGCUCGCAAGAAAGGAACGACAGCUUCACAUGCAGCUUUACCCAGGCUGGUCUGCACGGGAUAACUAUGGGAAGAAGAAGAAGAGGAAAAGGGACAAGCAGCCAGGAGAAACUAACGAACACAGCGAAUGUUUCCUAAAUCCUUGCCUUUCACUUCCUCCGAUUACAGACCUGAGCGCUCCUAAGAAAUGCCGAGCGCGCUUUGGCCUUGAUCAACAGAAUAACUGGUGCGGUCCCUGCAGGAGAAAAAAAAAGUGCGUUCGCUACAUACAAGGUGAAGGCAGCUGCCUCAGUCCACCCUCUUCAGAUGGAAGCUUAUUAGACUCCCCUCCUUCUUCUCCUAACAUGCUAGGCUCCCCUACCAGAGACUCCAAACCACAGACUGAACAAACCCAACCUCUCUCGCUUACAUUGAAACCUGACUCCCUGGCCCACCUCACAAUGAUGCCGCCGCCGCCGCCAGCCUCUCUCCUCUUGGCUGAGAGUGCCCACAGCAAGCCCAGCGCUUUGGCUGUCUCCGCUGCCCACUGUCAGAAUGGGGCCCUGGAUCUGCCGCCUUCCACUUUACAGCCAUCAGCUGCCCCCUCAUCGUCUCUAGCACAGCCGUCGACAUCUUCCUUACAUUCCCACAAUUCUUUGGCCGGGACCCAGCCCCAGCCACUGUCCCUUGUAACCAAGUCUUUAGAAUAGCUUUAGCUUUGCUAGCCCUGGUUUUUUGUUUGUUUUCCUUUUUGUUUUCAUUUCUUCUUUCUUUUUUUUUUUUGAGGAUUUUUUUUGGUCUUUUUUUUUUUUUAAUCUUGUGCCACAUGGCUACAUUAGUUGAUGUUUAUCGAGUUCAUUGGUCAAUAUUUGACCCAUUCUUAUUUCAAUUUCUCCUUUUAAAAAUAUGUAGAUGAAGAGAGGAAACCUCAUGAUUCUACCAAAAUUUUUAUCAACAGCUGUUUAAAGUCUUUGUAGCGUUUAAAAAAAAAUAUAUAUAUACAUAACUGUUAUGUAGUUCUGAUAGCUUAGUUUUAAAGACUGAUUUAAAAAGACAAAAAGAAGCAAUUUUGAAGCAGCCCUUUGCAGAAGGCGUUGGUUCUUUAUUAUUUGUAUUAAAUACGAGCUUGCGAACCAAUCAUUUUACAUCUCGUUUUUUAAACCAUAAGGGCCAAUGAAUGCAGUGCAUGACUUUUUUUUUUCUGUGUGAAAACAACUUUCUUGUGAUGUUGUUAUUGUUUAAAUGUAAAUAAACAAAGGGUUAAAAUGUGUUAAUAUACCUUGUUCCAUGGUGUUGUUCU